AUGUUUAAUAGAAUUAAUAAACCGUUAUUAUUCCUUUACUUACUAUAUAUACUCUCCACUAACCAUAUUCAAUUGGCAUAUUCCGAACAAACAUUAUUAAAUAACAAUCAAUGUUCUAAAUUAUCAACCCAACAAUGUAGAAAGAAUUCAAAUUGUUUAUCAAUUGAAGCUAAAUCAUGUUGUAGCUCUAAUUUAUAUUCAGAGUGUCAGCAGCUACCUCUAUCAUUGGUACGUUGCAAUCCAAUUCCAAAUUUAAAUCUUUGGUGUCUUGAAGACAAUUCAGAUUUAAAUCAAUAUGACCUGUGGGCUUUCAAUACCAGUAGUUGUCAUAGACCAGCCAAUUCGUUUAUUCCCUUGUUGUCGUCGUGUAGAGAUGCUCAAUGUCCAACUGGAUUCGAGUGUAUCAGUGCUAGACCACAACGUACUCCAUGCAUCAAUAGUCAAUCAAAAUGUUGUAACUACCGUGCCAAAUGUGUUCUGUCAUCGGAUAUCGAUACAACACAGACAUCCAGUAGUGAUCCAUCAACAGACAAUACAACACCAACUAAAACAUCAGACAAUGUUGAUGAUCUUGUACGUAAGAAUUAUCCAUACAAUAUGGUCGUUCCAACCUGUGCCGCCAUGAAAUGUUCUGUUGGCUAUGAAUGUAUCGAUGAUCCAGUGAAAGGUGCACAUUGCAAUCCAUCUUGCAAAGCAAUGAAAUGUCUGGAUGGUCAGAGAUGUGUCAUGAACGGACUGAAUAAACCAACGUGUAUCACCAGCUGCAAUUUCACAACUUGUCCACCGGCAUUCCAGUGUAUCGAAGAUAAAGAGGGUGGUGUCAGGUGUGUACCUGUCAAGUCUAUUCCCGCCAAACCAGUCUGUACUCUCGAUUGUAUCAUUGGAUCAAAGUGUGUCAUCGAUGAAAUCACUAAAAAAGCUCGAUGUGUUCCUGAGAACUAUACAACCUGUGCCACCAAGAAAUGUCCUGAGGGGGAGUCGUGUUUUGAUGAUCUGGAAAAGGGUGCCUAUUGUUUUAAAUCUGGUGAUCCUUGUUUACGUAAAAAUUGUCCUGUUGGAACUGUUUGUGCCAUUGCCGCUAACGAUACUGCCAAAGCCUAUUACAAUGUCCAGGGUGGUCGAUGUGUCAGUAUCUAUAGUUCCUGUAUGCUGUUGAACUGCUCCAAAGGUUACGAUUGUAUUAUGGAUAAAACUAGUCAGCUUGCUAAAUGUGUCCAAAUUGCUGUCAAUGAAACUCUCUCUACAAAGCCAUUGAAAGAUUUAUUGGGAAUUACUCCUGCUCCUGCCAAAACUUGUGAGAGGAAAUGUGAUCCUGGAUUCAAGUGUGUGGAUGGACAAUGUGUUCAGUUGCUAACUUGUGCCAAUCUCAGAUGUCCAAAGGGUUCUAAGUGUGUCGAUAAUUCAACUUUGUACGAUGGAAAUCCAUACUGUGUGCCCAUUCCAACUUGUGCAACCAACAAAUGUCCUGGCGAUUGCUACUGUCUGGAGAGCGAGAGUGGACCACAAUGUAUACCAAAGACAUCCUGUGCUCUAUUAGACUGUAGACCUGAAUACCGUUGUGUCGAGGAUAAAGAGCGUGGAGCACGUUGUAUUCAAAGAUCAAUUGUCACAUGUUCAUCCAUUAGUUGUCUCGAAGGGUAUUCGUGUAUUGAUGAUCCAAUCAAUGGUGGAAACUGCCAGAAGAUAGAUCCUAAAAAUCCAUUCAAAUCAUGGACACCAAGUGCACCAGGAUGGUCAACAACAACAAAAUCAGGCACACCAACAACACCACCAACAACCACUUCUCAACCACCAAAUGAAGAAACUACUACAACAACAAAACCACCACCAUCUACCACUCAAGCAAAGAAUGAAUGUGCAUUACUCGAUUGUCCUCCACACACAAUAUGUAUGGCUGACAAAGAAAGAGGUGGAUACAUGUGUUUCUCCAAACAGAGUUGUGCAACCUCACACUGUGCAUUUGGUGAAGAGUGUAUCGAAGAUUCCAAUGGUGUUGGAACUUGUCGUAGAAUAACAUGCAAUACACUCCAAUGCAAACUUCCAAAGAUGUGUCAUUCAACACCAUCAGGCAUACCCGAAUGCCAAUAA